UGAUAACAACACGCCAUAACAUCUCAACGGACGCACUGGACACUUUUUUGUGCAGUUUUCGAUGCUCCGCACGUUGGUCGUCAUUACUUCCCAACUGCGCUCGCCGUCUCUAGAAUCACGGCAUUUCUCGAGCGGAUUUUGUAACAAGCCGCCGGUACGCAUUUUCACGGCUCUCCAAGUAACUUCAGUGUCAAAUUUAUAGAUAACAAGACAAAUAUACACAGCUUAUUUUGUGUGAUCCAGCUCAUAACGACACAAUGGACGAUAGACGUUAUGAUACAAAAGAACAAAGAUUUUUGCAUGAACUAGUCCAAGAUAUAUACGAUGAUAUCUAUAAUAAUCAUUCUGAUGAUCCAACAAAAGUAUAUUUGACAAUAACUGAACAUUUAAACAAUGUAAAUGGUAGAGUGCCAGAUCCUUUUACAGCAGAAGAAUUGGUUGAAAUUGAACAAAGUCUAAAAGAUGCUGUCCGAGAUCUUACUGAUAACGAUAUUAAUACUUACCUUUGCUCUGGAAUAGUUGUACUAUCUGAAUAUUUAGACACUCCCGAGGACAUAUUGGAUUAUGUAGGAAGACCAAGAAAUAAUUCCAGUUAAUUAUGUAAAUUUAUUCAUUUGAUUUUUAUAUUAAAUAAACAGUUAAAGGAAAAUUA